CAACAUUCCGACAACGACCGCCGGGCCCUUACGCCGCCCAUGGCAGGAGGGACCUCGUCUGGCGAGCGGAAAGCACGGAAAGAAUCCUCCUGAAACGAGGAACGAAAGAUGUGGCUUGGGGUUCCAAUGCCUUCAGACAAAGCCAAAGGAGACUUCCGAAGCAAUACGGCUGGUGGAGUGUGGAAUGGAGCCAACGGCUACCGGAAGAGCCAGGUCGGCUGGUUUCUUCGCAAACCAGACUGGAAGAAGAUCCAGCUGCCGCCGUUCGAGAAGAAGCUCUGCGAGGAACACCCGGCCACGACGAGCCGGUCAAUGGCCGAAGUGGACGCCUACAGAAACGUCAACGGUGUAUCGGUGAAAGGGAAAAACGUCCCGAAGCCCAUCCUUUCCCUGGAAGAGUCCAACUUCCCGGAUUUCGUCGUCAAGAGCAUGGAGGCCCAACGCGACCGCACUUCACCCACGCGCAUCGAGGCACACUGCUGGCCCAUCGCACUCAGAUGCCGGGACUUUCUGGGCAUCGACAAAACGGGAUCGCACAAGACACUCGCCUACGUCGUGCCUGCAGUCAUCCACGUCAGCCGGCAACCGCCCUUGCAACAGGAAGACGGACCCAUCGCCGUCGUGCUGGCUCCGACACGAGAGCUGGCCAAGCAGAUUCACAGCACGGCCUUAGAAUUGGGUGAACACGCCGGACUCCGCAGCGUGUGCGUCUCGAACGGCGAGCCCAAAGAAGGUCAGUACGAAGGGCUGAAGAAGGCCUGCCACAUCUGCGUGGCCACGCCUCGACGCCUCAUUGAGUUCCUCGAGGAAGGCAAGGUGAAUCUGCACCGCUGCACGUACCUCGUGGUGGACGAUGUAGACCGCAUGCUGGCAGUAGGUUUCAAGCCGAUAGUCCUCAAGAUUGCCGAGCUUUGCCGGCCGGAUCACCAGACGACUAUGUGGGCCGCAUCCUCGCACAAAGAGCUCAGGCCCUUUGUCGAGGAGCUGCUCCACGAUUACAUCGAAAUCGAGUUCGGGAUGGCGCAGCUAGCCGCUGGAAACAGCGUGGAGAUGACGGUCGAUGUGUGCCAGGAGGAAGAGAAGGAAGCGAAGCUAGCCGAGCUCCUGGACGACGUCCUCAAGGAAAAGUCAAAGAAAGCCGUCGUCUUCACCGACACGAAGAAGAAGGCCGACGAGAUUGCUUGGAUGCUCCGAAUCCGGGGCUGGCCUGCCAUCGGCCUUCACGGCAAGAAGGGGAGAGAGGAGCGUGGAUGGAUCGCUUCCAAGUUCCAGGCUGGUACGUCGAACGUGCUCGUGACGACGGACACGGUUGCACGGGACUUGGUCUUCGAGAACGUGUGCCUGGUCGUGAACUACGACUGCCCGGCCUGCUCGGAGGUCUACGCGCGCAGGUCGAGCUGCGUCGCGCGCUCAGGUGAACCAGGCGUGGUUCACACGUUCAUCAAUCCAACCCAGCAGCUGUACGCCACGAACUUGAUAGCAGUAUUGGAGCACGCCAAACAGCCGGUUAGACCGGAGCUCUACGACAUGACAAAAAAACCUCGUUCCAAACGAUGAUGCAUUCGACACCGGCGAUCGGCGAGGUGCUCCGGGUGACGGCGGGUCAAGGAAGGAAUUCGCUGUUAUGUAGAGUGCUCUGAAAUUUGCCUGUCUGCGUAACUGAUGCAAGAGGCAGUAGUCUGUUCAGCUCUAUACCAACUAAAACUGAUGUAACCACAUAUAAACGUAAGUCUUUUGGUCUUGC